AGUCCGGUUAACGUGAGGCAUCCGGAGGACAUCAUCUAAAAUUUGAUAUAUAAAUUAAUGAAGCAAAUUUUCUAGUGUUCGAUGAUGCAGAUUACCUCAACAUAAGAGUAUAGCUAUGGACAACAGAGCUAAUUCUUGGUGUGAAGUAGCUGUGCGGAUUGCGCUGGGUGCUCUUUUGUUUUGUGCGGCUUCAGUAGGAGAAGCAGCGCAAAUAGAUGGUCCAUCAAUAAAUAUAGGUGCUAUAAUCGCUUUGGACACAAGUAAUGGAAAAAUAGCUAAGACUGCUAUUGAAUUGGCGGUUGAAGACGUAAACAGAAACACCACCAUUCUGAAUGGCAUGCUGCUUAACAUUGAUAUCCGAGACUCCACACAAGAUGCACUCACAGGCGUUUCUGCAGCGUUGGAACUGAUAAGAAAAGGAUGUGUAAGCAUAGUCGGUCCACAGACAUCCGCGGUGGCUGAGUUCGUUGGGUAUUUGGGCUCUGCAGCGCACGUUCCAAUUGUAACAUUUGGUGCAACGAAUCCCUCUUUUUCCAUGCAUCGAUAUCCUUACUUCGUUCGUACGUUACCCAGUGAUAAAGUGCAAAUGAGAGCAAUAGCAAAGCUGAUAGAGGAGUAUAGAUGGAGGGAUGUGGCGCUUGUGUAUGUAGAUGACGAUUUGGGCAGAGGGGCCAUCCCAACCUUAAGCGAUUCCUUGCGAGAUGUGAGGGCCAAAAUUGUUUUGAAAGCUGCAGUGCCUCCCCAGGCUAACGUCUCUUCAAUGAGAAAGCUUCUUGAGGAUGAGCUGAUGGGGCUGGAGUCGCGAGUAUUCGUCGUGCAUAUGAAUGCUGAUUUGGCCCUAAUCCUGUUUUCCGAGGCGUACAAAUUAGGAAUGAUAAGAACUGAUUAUGUAUGGAUCAUUACCGACGGAAUCGCCAGUGUACUGGAUUCCUUCAGCGCUAAUUCUCUCCUCUCUAUGAAUGGUGUGUUGGGUAUCAAAAGAAAACUCACACGAACCGACCAGCCCAGGGUGAAUGAAUUUGCAAAAAGAUGGAAGCAGCGCUUUAGAGCCCAGAAUCCUACACUACCAAGCCUGGAAUUAAAUGCCCGCGCUCUUGUUGCAUAUGAUACAGUAUGGGCGGUUGCAAUUGCAAUCGAUGGUCUCCUGAGUGAUGGAUUGUUUAAUGGUGAUUGCUCAGCGGCCUAUAAUAGCACCAAGAUUUUAAAUUUCAAGAUUUUUGCCUGUGGAGAAGAACUGCUUAAUCAGAUCCUUCAGACAAACUUUGUGGGCCUGAGCGGCACUGUUAGAAUAAUUCACAGAACGGGAGAACCUUUGGAGAGCUCAUAUGAUAUUAUCAAUGUUGUUGGGAACCGUUCUAAGAUAAUUGGGUCAUGGACAGAAAAGGGACUGAAUGUACAGGAAGUUAAUUGGGGUGGUGGAUCAACCAAGAAGCCACGUGGGUGGGAGAUACCUGCGCCAGGCAAGAAACUGAAAAUAGCGGUGCCUUGGCAGCAAGGGUAUACAAGAUUUGUCUGCGUGAAACCAGAUCAUGCCAGCACAGGUGCACAAAACAAGACUUAUGAGAUUACAGGCUUCUCUAUUGAUGUGUUCGAAACGGUGCUCAAAAGAUUGGAUUAUAAUUUGAUCUAUGAAUUUAUUCCUUAUGGAAAUGGCAAUGCCCCUGUGGGCUACUAUGAUGACCUUGUCUACCAGGUCUAUCUCCAGAAAUUCGAUGCGGUUGUGGGAGAUGUUACGGUGCUUGCAAAUCGGAGCAAGUAUGUGGAUUUCACACAACCGUAUACGGAGUCGGGACUGAUGAUGGUCGUAGCAAUUUCAGACAAGCGAUCAAGUGACUUCUGGGCCUUCCUACACCCCUUUACUCCAACCAUGUGGAUAACUACUAUUGCAUUUUUCAUAUUUACGGGAGCUGUUGUUUGGUUUCUGGAGCACAGACGAAAUAGGCAAUUUAGAGGGACUCCUUGGGAACAAGUCUUCACAUUCAUCUGGUUUUCCUUUUCCACACUCUUUAUGACUCCAAGGCAGAGGAUUGUAAGCGGUCUGGGUAGAGCAGUGGUGGCAAUUUGGCGUUUUGUAGUUUUUGUGUUAGUGUCCAGUUACACCGCCAGCCUGUCUUCGAUUCUUACAGCCCGACAAAUUGUACCAAAUGUUGAGAACCUUGAGUCCCUAAUCGCCCAAAACUUGCCAAUUGGGUAUCACCAGGGAUCUUUCAUAGACAAGUAUUUGGUACAACAGCUUGGUGUGAAUAAAAGCGUACUUCGCCCGUAUUUAACUGUACAGGACUAUGCCGAUGCACUGAAGAAGGGACCCAAUAAUGGAGGAGUGGCUGCCAUAUUUGAGGAGCAAACUAUUGCUCAACAUUCAUUUCUGUCAGCUGGAUGCAAUGACUAUGCUUCAGUUGGUCCUGCGUACAAAACGGGAGGCUUCACAUUCGUGUUCCCAAAGGGGUCUCCGCUGGUUUCAGAUAUUUCCAAGGCUAUAUUAAAUCUUUCAGAAAGCAAAGAGAUGCUAGAAAUUCGGAAGAGAUGGUUCAAUUCAGGUGAAAACAAAUGCAACGUUGAGUCAAGUAGAUUGGAUUCAAACAAAUUGAGCCUCAAAGACUUUUGGGGUAUAUUUCUUUCCACAGGAUGCGUAUCAUUUCUUACCCUUGUCUACUAUCUGUGUCGCCUGCUUUACCGAUUUGUGCACACAAAUGAUAACUCAUCCCAUGCUAAUUCCAUUUCCACCCGCUUGCGAACAUUUGCCAAAUACGCAGACAAGAAGGAUAUCCCAGCACCAAAAAGAAAGAGACAAAAGACCGCCACUUUGACAUAUAGAACCGCCGCUUUCACUUCCUCUGAAAUUCCUGUUCCAACGGGACAGAUGUGACCUGUGGCUGUAGUUCAAGAUUGUGCAAUCUAUCUAUUACAACUAUGCUGGUUGUGGAUUAAUUAUGGCUCCAUGGAUCAAAAUGAUCAUAUCCACAGCAGACUAACUUAAUAAACGUGUUGUAAAUGUAAAAUUAUGUAAAAUUUGUUCAUGGUGCAUAA